AUGUGUGGAUCCGUUUCCACCGAUGCUCACUUCACUGUCAAUCCCUCAGUUGAUUUUGUUGUGAUUUUCGUUUUACAAGUGCAAUGGAGAGCGAUAACGCGCCGCCGAACCCGGCUGCGAAUCAGCUGCCAGGGGCAGAUUCGUUGCCGGACGGAUUUGUGGAUAGCUCCACCGACGGCUCAUAUGCUCCAAUGUCACCCAGGAUAGCGUCGCUACACGCACCGGAGUUGACAGAUUAUAAGGAGGAUACGCUACUGGAGCCCGAAUUGAGGCCAGGCGUGAUUGUCAAUCAUAUACAUUUUGAUGCACCUUCUGAUAGUGUGCGUAGAGAUGCGGACGAUGAAGUUGGAGUGGAGGUACAAGGCAGCCCAGAGAAUUCUAUCCGAAAUCAGCAGGCACCCACGAAGAAGGAGAUGCUGCCACAAGAGAGCUCUGAGCACCAAAAAAUAGUCAGUGGAAUAGUGGAUUGUUUAUCUAUUUCCUCUAAUGUGCAUUAAUAUCUCUUAUAUAUAUUUCAUCAUUCCCUUUUAUUUGCUCUCAUGAAUACUGCCUUCUUCUAAUAUCUUGAAACAAACAGUUUCUAUUCCUGUUUUCUACUGCAUAAAAGCAGUAACUCAAGUGAUACACUCAUGCACCUGUCUCUAAGUUUCUCAAUGUUUAGUAUAAUGUUUAUUGCAAAUACUUCCAAUGCAUUCUUAUCACAUAUUUGCUGGAUUUCUGAUAUAGUGAUAUAUCUAAGCAAGUCUGCAAAUAACAGUUGAAUACUUUAUAAAAAGAUCCUGUCAUGGGUGGAGACAUAACUGGCAGUUGCGGUAUUGAUGAAUUACUGGUCAAGGUAUUUAUAAAGUAAGCGUUCAGAGCAUCCAUGGAAAGUGAUAUAAACUAGAGAGCUUGAGGCCUCAAAGCAUUAAGAAACCAAGAAGAUAAACUUCAGGUUUAAAAAAACAAGUUUAUAAAGCUCUCCUCUAAGAGCUACCAUUGAUGGCCUUCUAAUGGGGGUACAUGUAGUUUUAUAGAAACAGAUGAUAGGUGGCGCAUAAGCCAUAGUUGUCUGCAGUCUCAUACAAUAAGUGUGCCAGUAACCUGUUACCGCACUGCUCUAGUUCUCAGAAAUACCUGAAGCUUGCAAAAAAUCACGAUUAGUUUU